AUGGUAGUUAUACGUCAAGAAACUCUACCCCCAAAUGAGUGGAAACUUGGUCGCAUCGAAAAAACUGACAUGGCCCCUCAAAGCAGUACGAAGUCCAUUUGCAGCCGCCGAUCCCUCAGCUCGACUCGUAGCAUCAGCCCACUCUCCGACGAAGGAACCCUGGCAAGACGCCUGCAUCGCUUUAAAGCGACCCUUUCCCCCAUUCGAGAGGAGCGUGGAAAUACGAAUCGCACGGCCCGACGUACCAUCAGCCGUUCCUCUAAUAGAGAAGAACGAGGAAGUACCCAUCGCACAGCCCGGCGUACUAUCAGCCGUUCAUCAAAGCGAACGCACAAACACGUCGCCUGUGGAUUGUGUAAAAAAGACCAUCGACUGGUAACGUGUUCAAAAUUCACCAUAAUGAACAUUAGCGAAAAGUUUGACGCAGUCGUUAAACAUAAGUAUUGCGUCAAUUGCUUGGCCAGAUCGCAUUCCACCCAAAAGAGCACAAGUAAAAAACGAUGUGCCACGUGUAACGGGGAACACCAUUCAACCCUACAUGGACACCCCAGAUUGUUUUGCGAAGAGCAAAAGAAAACAGCAAAAGGCAAAAAGCGAUUACACGGACAAGAGGAUCUACCCACGUUACUGGCCAAGCCGACCCUUAUCCCAACCGUCAUGGUCAAAGUGAAACACGAUGACAAAUGGCACAAAAUACGAGCCAUAAUAAACCCGACCAUAAAAGUGACCAUGAUUGCGUCAGAACUGGUCCAGAGUCUGACGAAAACGUACCUCGACUCGUAUCGUAUAUGUAAAGUCGUAAUCGGAUCACUAACUGAUUCCGACUGGCACGCCGAAGUUAACUGCCUAUUGACGCAUGAUUUACCGACCCGACCCUAUAAUCGUGACUUAAGUGGCGAAAUCAUUAAAAAGUUCGACCACUUAGUCCUAGCCGACCCUACAUUUUGGAAAGACGACAAAAUCAUGUUGGAACUGGGAGCUGACAUCUACCCAAGAUUGAUGAAACCCGGCUUAUUCAACCCCGAUAACAGCACCGUGAUCGCACAAAACACCGCACUCGGUUGGACUUUAACCGGUGCUUGUGCGAUUUAAAACCCAAACACUGCAAGGCGGCCGGGAUGUUCAUACCAAAUGAACACAUCCCUGCAUUGUCCUCCUAACUCGUCUAAAUACGAAUUAGAGGACAAUGCA